AUGGCGGAGCCUAUUAAGAAUCGUCGUGCAGAGGUUCCUGCUCCCACUCCGCAGAAUACACCUGCCAGCAAUGCCCCGAUCUCUUCGCAUGCCCAACAACCGGGCGUUGCCAGCAUCAAGGAAGAGGAUCUAGAUCGCGCUGCCGCCGCGUCUAUCUUUGCCCAGAACCCACGGCUAGUCCAGAUGAUCCAAGGUCGACUUGGUUCUCUGGUCGGUCGCUCUUCCGGCUACAUAGAGUCUUUACCUCAACAUGUUCGUCGCCGUGUUGCUGGUCUGAAGGGUAUUCAGAAGGAUCACUCGAAGCUCGAGGCUGAGUUUCAAGAGGAGGUUCUUCAGCUUGAGAAGAAGUACUUCGCCAAGUUCACCCCCCUCUACGAGAAGCGCGCCGCAAUCGUCAACGGCAAGGAAGAGCCUACCGACGACCAAGUCAAGGCCGGCGAGGAAGACAAUGAGGACGAAACCAAAGCUGAGGAAGAGAAGAAGGAGGCGACCGACGAUGCGGCCGCCGAAGUUACCGAGCUUGUCAAAGGCAUUCCUGAGUUCUGGUUGUCUGCCAUGAAGAACCAAAUCUCGCUUGCCGAGAUGAUCACUGACCGUGAUGAAGCCGCUCUCCGCUUCCUUACUGACAUCCGAAUGGAAUACCUCGACAAGCCGGGAUUCCGCUUGAUUUUCGAAUUCGCCGAGAAUGAGUUUUUCACUAACAAGACCAUUACCAAGACGUAUUUCUAUCAGAAUGAGAGCGGCUAUGGUGGUGAUUUCAUCUACGACCACGCCGAGGGUGAUAAGAUCAACUGGAAGGAGGGCCAGGACCUCACUGUUCGUAUCGAGAGCAAGAAGCAAAGAAACAAGAACACCAAGCAGACCCGCAUUGUCAAGAAGACUGUUCCUACCGAGUCAUUUUUCAACUUCUUCUCGCCUCCGAAAGCACCUGGUGAUGACGACGAUGACGAUACUGCUUCAGAUAUCGAAGAGCGUCUUGAGCUAGACUACCAACUUGGUGAGGAUAUCAAGGAGAAGUUGAUUCCCCGAGCCAUCGACUGGUUCACUGGUGAAGCAUUGGCUUUUGAGGAGCUCGACGACCUUGAGGAGCCGUUCGACGAGGAGGAAGAUGACGAAGAUGACGACCUUAGUGAAGACCGUGAUGAUGACGAAGAGGAAUCCGAUGAUGAUGAUGAUGGUGCGAAGCCGAAGCAGGAGGCGCAAGAGUGCAAGCAGAGCUAA